GUUGGCAACUUCCCCCUGAGCUUUAAAUGCAGGACCGGACGAACGACUGAAGCAAACCAUUGCGAAAGGGUGUCGUUCUGACGCUUCCAAACCCAACUUAAGAUCUUCGCUAAAGACCUGCAACGAUUUUCAGCUCCGCAAUUGGCUGCUACCACCCUGGGUUAUCGGUAGCUUUUUAGCACGAGGGAAAUCUCAGUCGCGUCGAAAUCACGCGCUUUUCUUAUUUCGCCAGCAGAGUCAACGUAGCUUCCAGCAGUAGCAUCGACAAUUCGCGAGGUGGCACAAUGAGUCACAAACAUCAGACCCUCCGCUUUGCGAGCGACGCAACCGCGGGCGAUGGUAUCUGGGGCUACCCAACAAGCAAGGCAAACUUCUGCGAAGAAGACUAUAUCUUCACGCGCUACAUCGCAGAGUUCAUCAAUUGCCUAUCCAAUGCCACGUACAUCUACCUCGCCCUGAAGUACCCCAGGGCCAACUCCAAGGUCGCGGUGCCGUGGUACCGAACUCUCGACAUCCAAUCCAUCGGCCUCCUCGCCGUCGGUAUCUUCUCUGGCAUCUUCCACGGCACCAUGCACCAGGAGACGCAGCUACUCGACGACCUCUCCAUGCUGGUCCUCGCCGGCUCGCUUGUCCAGCCCCUGUACGCCUUCCGACAGUCGCCCGCCGUGGGAGCCGCGAUCACCACCUUCCUCUGGCUCGGCAUUGCCACCAUGGCCGUCAUCUACGUCCGCUCCGGGGACAUUGCCAUCCACGUCGCGACCUUUACCGGGCUGUUGACCUUUGUCUGGCCGCGAACACUCUUUAUCGUCUACUGGACUGGACGCUACUCGAAAGAGGAGCAGAAGAGACUGAUGAAGCAGUUCUGGAAGGCUUGUAUCAUUUUGAUCGUGGGCUUCACGUUGUGGCACAUCGACUUGGAGUACUGCGCCGAGCUGAGAGCCGCGAGGAAGAGUCUCGGAUUGCCUGCCGCGUGGCUGCUGGAGCUCCACGGAUGGUGGCAUAUUUUCACUGCUCUGGGUGCGAGCUGGUACAUGAGGUUGAUUCGGAAGCUAACCUCAGUCGAACGGAUCGCCAUUGGGAAGAAGGCGCAGUAAAGGCGAGCGUCCUUCUGCCAGACUUUCUCCGAUCCCAACACCUUCCUCGAUCCCAGUACCUUCUUCGAUCCCAGCACCAGGUCUUCAGCAUGCGAGGCAGGUCGACUUACGCCCAUGGGUUAUGGCAUCCCCAAAUCAGCCUGGAAAGCUGGUAACAUUGAUAGACAUCACAUAGAACUCAGCGUUUAGAUGGCAGCGUUUGGGAGUUAGGACGUGAGUCCCUUAAAAUCAAAUAAAAAAAUAAUUCUUUCCCCUCAGGGUAUGACGGUUGAAGGAUGUGAACCGCCUAGCUUUUGCAUUCCUCUCUGAAGACAC